UCCACAGAGAAUUGUAUUGCCCAAUGAUGAAACUUCAGCUCAUUCAAUACCAAAAGAAACCUGCUUAAGCGAAGUUACUCGACAUCGAUGCAAAAGAAAAAACUGUUUUCAGGACAAUAGUACUUGGGUUUGCGAUGGUUGUGUUGAUGGAUUCAAAGGACAUCAGUGUUCUCAACAUUGUCUUCGGAACUGUAAGUCUUGUAAACAGCUAGGAUCUUUAUGCACCGAAUGUCGGAAGGGUUUCUAUGGUAGGACCUGUCAGAAGCGAUGCUCUAAAUGUAAAGAUGGUUGUCACCUGCGUUAUGCCAAAUGUCAAGGUCACUGUGUAGAUGGUUACCAUGGCCCCCUGUGCAGUAAACGUUGUGGCAUUAAUUGCAAGACCAGGACUGCAAGACUCGGACCGUGCAAUCAGGAUACCGGGACGUGCAGUCUAAGUUGUAACGACGGGUAUUAUGGCGAUGUUUGCCAGAGAAAAUGUUUUAGAAACUGUACAUCUGCUGGAAAGUUCCAAUCCUGCCAUUCUGUGUGUCGUCGGGAGAUUCGGGAAAGCAUGCCUGAAGCUGCUUCUUAUAACGGCUCAUCUGAUCACCCAGGCACUGUGCUUGGAGCGACAUAUGUCAGCAGCACCGUGGUGGUUGCCGUGAUCAUAACAAUAGUAGUGGCUGGCUUUAUUGUUGUGUUUGCCACUUUAAACUGGUGCGUUUUACCACGAAAGCGGAAAACGGAACAAAAGGUACGGGUUAUUUUUAUGGUUCCACCAGAAGAAUUGCCUCAAGACAGUGACAUUUACGAUGGAAACCAAGGUAACGAAACUGCGUCCAAUACAUCGAUGCUUGGAUCAAAUCAGCCUGAUGACCUCGAGAGGGCCUAUCUAAUGCUUCCGCCAUAUAUUCACUCCACCAACCACAGGCUACAGUUAGAACGCGAGAGCGAACACCAUUACGAAUCUUUGGACAGCAUCCACGAAGGUCAUCGACAUAUCAACAUGCAGGAUGGACAAGAACGUUUCCCCACGCACCUUGCACGUCAAUAUAUCACUGACAGAGGCCAGGCAUCGUAUGUGUAAUUGUAAGUCUUAGCGAGGUGUCUGAGGUGAAAUCAGUGUACAAUUACACGUUGUCCUGUAUAACCUUGUAGACCGGUAGAUACAUGGUUCAGUUGUGCUGACAGUGGAAGUGAGUGAGUGACUUAAGUUUUACGCCGCUUAAAUUUAUAUUGAUAGUGAUAAACAAUAUGUAACGUGCUCAGCCUUGCACGCGUCGCUUCAUUUCCCUAUAGGUGCGGUGGGGUAGCUUAGUGGUUAAAGCAUUCGCUCGUCACGCCAAAGACCCGGGUUUGAUUCCUCACAUGGGUAUAAUGUGUGAAGCCCAUUUCUGUUGUCCCACGCCUGAAAUUUCUGGAAUAUUGCUACAAACGACGUAAAGCCAUAUUCUCUCACUCAUUUCCCUAUUUAGGAUCAUUUAGAUACUGUUAGAAAUCAUGACACUACAAUAGUUAAAUACAUUUUUGUAGAAAUUGAGGUUAAUUCACAUUACAUGUUACAUGUAUUGUUACAUAUGUAUUACGCUCUCUCAGCAAAGUUCAACGCCAAUUAUAACCUAUGUUACAUUUCACCACUUUUUGUAUGACAUUGUGUUAAUUUUUGUUGUUUCAAUAUUUAUUUGCGGAUAUAAAGCGGGCCUACUUGAAUGAUUAAUAUCAUACAAGGAAGAUAUCCCAGUACUCUUAUGCACAUCACUCAUUAGUUCCACUACCGCGUUCGGUACGUCAUGGAAUGAUGGAAAUAAACAUACACUGUGCUAUA